CGGGUGGGCGCUGCCGGGCCGGGCCGCGCGCCCUGAGGUGAGGGGCGUGUGGGGGCCCCUCAGCGGGAGCCCUUCGGCUCCUUUUGCCCAUCUUCCUUUGAGGGGGCCUCGGCCACAGUCGGUCCUGAGGAGAAGGUGGCUUUUCCCGCGGUCCUUCACGUUCGUGUAGUUCUUCACAGCGUUUAAGUUGGGUUUCAGCGCUCUGUGGGCCGGCCGCUGAAGGCAAGACUGAGCUACUUUAGUUCCAGAAGGCAGAAUCUGAUCUGGAUUAUAUUCAACACAGACUGGAGUUUGAAAUAAUGAAAAGCCUUCCUGAUAAUCCAGCAGCAGAGGAAAAUCCAGUUGCUCUCUUGGAAGAACUCUCAGUGGUGAAAUCUCGUUAUAAAAUGUUAUGUAUGCAGCUGGAAAAAGUUUCCAUAGAGCAGAGAGAAUCCAUGAAGGGCAUCCGUGCUGCUCUAGAGAACACAAUGAAGAUGGUUCAGGCAUUACAGCAACAUGCUGAUCUUGAGCGCUUCCCUCUGUCAGAAGAAGAACAGGCUGCAGCACAGCAGUUAACCUGCCAAACUGUUAAAGAAAUGGAAUCGCUAGUGGAAGAGCCGUUUUGUUCAGGAUCUACAGUCCCUGGCUCAACUGAAGAAUUGCAAUUCAAACCGUUGACAGAGGAAAUACUUACGACUGUACCAAGGAGUAUCAGAAGUACUGUUAAACUAGCAGACUUGAACAAUUUGUACAGGGAGUUAUUUAACCACUUCAUUUUAAAUAAGAACAGAGCAGCGUUGAGUAUUUCGCAGAUGAACAAGAUGAAUAUGAAAGCCACUGACUCAAGAAUACAAAUCUUGAAAGAACUUGCUAUUGUGGAACUUGACAAACAAGGAAAAGUUAAAUUAGUUGUGUAAAUGUAAGCUCAGUCCAUUCUCAUUUGACACGUGAGCAUCUUGGUCGCAGCUCCUGGAUUGCUAACAAGCAAGUAUUUCCCUGGUGUCUGGGAGCUGGAAAGCUGUUAAUGUUUCUGUAUACAAUUCGAUUGAUAAUACUUAAAAUUGGAGAGUUAAAAAUCAUUGAGGCUGGUAUUUUAUCUUAGAUAUUUAUCGGACUAUAGUCGGUGUGUUUUUAAAGACUAUUGUUAGCCAUGUGACACUUCCAUAUUCUUGCUUACAUUCCUGAGGGGGUUUUUAAGACAAAUAACCCAAACCACUUAAUUGUACUUACAUUCCUGAAUAAAUGAUGACAGCUAAGG